ACACUGAGAAAAGUGUCUCGUUGUUGUGUUCUCGUGAAGAAAUUACGAUUGAGCGAUUUUUUGUUUCAGUCAACUACUUUGGAAAACGAGGAAAUACCAGGAGACGACGGUAGUCAAGUGGGCGAGGACAUAGACGAUAAGUCGGAUCCAGAGGAUACAACAGUCGUCGAAGAAUGUACUGGGGAAACUGAGAAGUCAUCGGGCACAGCAGGCGCAGAAGGCAUAUGGUGUCGUCUAAUUGGAGAAAUCUUCAGAUAUCCACCAUCGAAACCGAUGGCGUUGUGGCAAGACGGUGUGCCAGUGGAGGAGUGUACUGUGUACGUAGACGAUGAAUCUCCAUUCCGUUUCAUGCCUCCAUGCCCGAAGUUUGAAGAAUUACCACGUGGAUGGUUCAUGUUACAGGAUCUAGUGAACGCUUUGCCGUUAUCCAUCUUUGCACUUCUGGUGCGUAUGAAAAGUCGUGUGAGUUUUGAUUUUGGUCAUUGUUGA